AUGGAAUCAUUUCAGGAAGUAAGAUCUGAGAGGAAGUUCAAUUUGGAAGAAUUUAGAGAGAUGAUGCCGACAAUCGUACUAAAUGAACUCAACUGGACGGCAGCGCUGGAUGAUGUUUUCAAGCGGAACAGAGAAGAAGACCCUACUUUACUGUGGCAGGUUUUUGGCAGUGCCACUGGCCUCGCCAGGUAUUAUCCAGCUUCCCCAUGGGUAGAUAAAAGUCGAACUCCAAACAAAAUAGACCUGUAUGAUGUUCGCAGAAGACCAUGGUAUAUCCAAGGAGCUGCCUCUCCCAAAGACAUGCUUAUUUUAGUUGAUGCGAGCGGGAGCGUCAGUGGAUUGACAUUGAAGCUGAUCCGCACAUCAGUCAUUGAGAUGUUGGAGACCUUGUCUGAUGAUGACUUUGUGAAUGUAGUUUCUUUUAACAAUAAUGCGCAGAACGUGAGUUGCUUUAAUCAUCUUGUCCAAGCUAAUGUGAGGAACAAGAAGAAGCUGAAAGAAGCAGUCUAUAAAAUCUCUGCUAAAGGAAUCACUGAUUAUAAGAAAGGCUUUAGCUACGCUUUCGAACAGCUGCUAAAUCACAGUGUCUCUAGAGCUAACUGCAAUAAGAUUAUCAUGUUGUUUACGGAUGGUGGUGAAGAAAGAGCACAAGAAAUUUUCCACAAAUAUAAUGAAGACAAAAAGGUACGUGUGUUCACAUUUUCUGUUGGUCAACAUAAUUAUGACAAAGGACCCAUACAGUGGAUGGCCUGUGAAAACAAAGGUUAUUAUUAUGAAAUUCCUUCCAUUGGAGCAAUAAGAAUAAACACCCAGGAAUAUCUGGAUGUUUUGGGAAGACCGAUGGUUCUAGCUGGAGAGAGAGCCAAACAGGUCCAGUGGACAAAUGUCUAUCUGGAUGCUCUGGAGCUGGGCCUUGUGAUCACUGGAACUCUGCCUGUCUUCAAUUUAACACAAGGACAAAAUAAUAAAAGAAAUCAGCUAAUUCUUGGAGUAAUGGGGGUUGACGUCUCUCUGGAGGAUAUUAAAAAACUGACGCCACGAUUUACGCUUUGCCCAAAUGGAUACUAUUUUGCAAUUGACCCUAAUGGGUAUGUGCUACUUCAUCCAAAUCUCCAACCAAAGAACCCUAAAUCCCAGGAGCCCGUGACACUGGAUUUUCUAGAUGCGGAGUUGGAGAAUGAUAUUAAAGUUGAGAUUCGGAAAAAAAUGAUAGAUGGAGAAAGUGGAGAAAAAACAUUUGAAACAUUGGUCAAGUCCCAAGAUGAGAGAUAUAUCGAUAAAGGAAAUAGAACAUAUACAUGGACUGCUGUGAAUGGCACUGAUUACAGUUUGGCAUUGGUAUUACCAUCAUACAGCUUUUAUUAUAUUAAAGCCAAAAUAGAAGAACCAAUAAUUCAAGCUAGAUUGGCAAUCAAAAAGGACUCAGAAACACUGAAGCCUGAACAUUUUGAUGAAGCUGGCUAUACGUUUAUAGCACUCAGAGAAUACUGUAAUGAUGUAAAAAAAUCAGAAAACAACACGGAAUUUCUAUUAAAUUUCAAUGAAUUUAUUGAUAGAAAUACUCCAAGCAGUCCUUCAUGUAAUACUGAUAUGAUCAUUAGAGUUUUGCUGGAUGCAGGAUUUACAAAUGAUCUUGCUCAAAAUUACUGGAGUAAGCUGUCUUUUAAUGGAGUUGUUGCACAAUUUGUUGUUACGGAUGGUGGAAUUACUAGAGUAUUCCCCAAAAGGGCAGGAGAAGAUUGGUUGGAAAAUGCUGAAACUUACGAAGUCAGCUUCUAUAAACGGAGCUUAGAUAAUGACAACUACAUUUUCACAGCUCCGUACUACAACAAAAGCGGUGCCAAUAGCUAUGAGACAGGGAUAAUGGUAAGCAAGGCUGUGGAAAUAACAAUUAAUGGGAAGCUUCUGAAACCUGCAGUUGUUGGAAUAAAAAUUGACGCAACAAGCUGGAUGGAAAAUUUCACAAAAACCACAAUCAAAAGCCUGUGCAACAGUGAAAUCUGUGGCUGUGAAAGAAACAGUAUGCAUGUGGACUGUGUUAUCCUUGAUGAUGGUGGAUUUCUUUUGAUGUCAAAUCGAGAUGAGUAUACCCAACAGAUUGGAAGAUUCUUUGGUGAAAUUGACCCUGGCCUGAUGCGAAACCUCAUUAACGUGUCCUUAUAUGCCUUCAACAAGUCUUACGACUAUCAGUCUGUCUGUGAUCCAGAAGAAGAACCAAAACAAGGAGCUGGACUUCGUUCUGCUUACGUGCCUACAAUAACAGAUAUUUUGCAUUUAGGAUGGUGGGCUUCAGCAGCUGCCUGGUCUCUCUUGCAGCAGCUGUUUUUGAGCCUGACUUUUCCACGUUUUCUUGAGGCAGCUGAUAUGGAAGAUGAUGAUUUUGGUGCUGCCCUGCCUAAAACAAGCUGCAUCACUGAGCAAACUCAGUAUUUCUUUGAAAAUGAUGAUAAAUCUUUUAGUGGCAUUGUAGACUGUAUAAACUGCUCCAGACUUUAUCAUGCAGAGAAGAUUUCAAACACCAAUCUAGUAUUCAUUAUUAGUGACAGCCAACUGCUGUGCCGCUCCUGUGACCCAAAGCCACUGAUGCAAGCAGAGAAGCCGGAUGAAGGGCCAAAUCCUUGUGAAAUGGUGAAGCAGCCUAGAUACCGAAAGGGGCCUGAUGUCUGUUUUGAUGAAGCCAAACAGGAAGAUUCAGCCGACUGCGGUGGUGUCUCUGGUCUGAGUCCAUCGCUGUGGUCGAUGGUAGGAAUUCAGUUCAUCCUGCUUUGGCUGUUAUCUGGCAGCAGACACUGCCAGUUAUGACCUUGUUAAACCAAAACCUGCAUAACUUAAUCAAGUCUGGCCAAAACAAUAGCCUCAAUUUCAUUUUAAAAGGGUCAGCUAUUCAGACAGCAGAAGCACAGUAAUGCUCGUGUCUGCUUUUCACUCCUUGUGAGACUCAUAAAGGCACCCAGAGUGGCUGCAUGUUGGAGUGUCAGAUCCUUAAAUUUGUGUGAAUGCUGCAUCAUCUAUGCCAUCCGAACAGGAUUCUGUACGUGCUUCAUUGGGGAAUCUCAGAUUAAUGUUUGUUUGUUGGUGUAAUAUUGAUGACUUCAUGUAAAAGGGCUCCCCUUAAAAUAGCUUAUAUAUAUAUGAUUUUCAUUUAUUUUAACCUUUGGAUUUUCUCGAAGAUCUUAUAUUCUUUUACAUGAACAUUUGUUAAAUAUAUAUAUAUGUAAAAAAAAUAGAAAAAAAAAAGUACUGCCCCAAUAUACUUUCCAAUACCAUGAUGGCUGUUUUGAACAUCAGUUUUGUCCAAACCAGUGGAAUGAAAUGAAAAUAUUGGCUAAUCUUCAGCAGAAGUUCAUCAGCAUUGACGUGCUUUAUGAUGAGUGGUUUAAUAUCCAAAAUUAAUCAGAACAGGUGGUCAGCCAAGUUUUGGUAUGUUUGUAAAUUGUUG